UGGUCCAUAGUCAUCGGACAAGUUUCGCAUUAAAUAAAUGACAAUUAAAAUUCUCUCCGUGGCCUUUACAGUCACAGACGGAUCGAAGAAAUUGAAUAUUUCCAUCGGAUACGACUGUAUAAACCGUUGAUAUAUAAAAAUAUAUAAUUAUUACAUUAUAUUAUUACAUUACUAUUACAUUUCUAUGAUGUAAACACAAUCGACGUUAUCGUGUUACUACCACUCCUGUACUUUCUCGCAUGCUUGGUGAUCUUUUAUCAUGUGUCGCGUGAUAACGGGCUACGCAAUAACAAAAAUAAUAAUAACAGAAAAAAUAACAAACGACAAUCGAGUACCGGAUAAGAACAAGAGAACAAUCGCAAUAAUUUCCCUUACAAUUCACAAUAGCCUCGCAUCGCACCGUUGUCAGUUCGUCGUAUGUCGACCGUCAGAUCGGUUCGCUUCUUGUGCUACAAAUGAUAUUAUAAUUUAAUCGUCGCGUCGCAAUGGAACGACAAAGGCCUAAAAUGCACGCUCCAGCCAAGACCAAGCGUCCGUCUUAUGAAAUAAAUGUCGAAGAACCAGAACCUAUUGAUAAUAUAUUACAUUCAUCUACAGUAGAUAAUGUUGAAAAUGCUCUUCAUGAAGCAUUCAAUGAUAUUUUAAUAAGUACAGAACCACCAGUGGAAGUUAAUGAAAAUAUUAGUAAUUCAAAAAGUGAUAAUAUUAAAUUAUGUAAAACAGAAAAUUUUGUUGAACAAUGUUCUGUUGAUAAUACGACUUCAUCAUCUAUACUACCAAUGUCAAUACCAUGUUCUAUCGGUUCAUUACCAACUCCCUGUGCUCCAGAACUUGAUGAUUUGUGUAGUUCAUCAGUUUCUGAAGUACCUUUUGAGUCUUUAACUCCAUUUACUGAUGACCAACUGGCUGAAUAUUAUCAAAACAAAUUAUUAUUUGGUUUAUCAGAGUAUAUAGAACAAUUUAAUUUGUCUGAAUUGAAAUCAUUCAAAAACUGUGAACAUCCACUUAAUAUAUUACUCCAAGAUUAUUUGCAUGCAAGACUUAAACUUGAAAGUAAUAAACAAGAAAUAAAAGAAUUAAAAUAUUCAUAUAUUACACAUGAAAAACAUAUUUGGACAUUAGAACCAGCUACUUAUACACAGUAUGGAGAAUGUCAGGAUGGCAAUCCAGUAUCAGCUACAAAAAAGUAUGAUGUAUCUAGAUUCAACCAAGUAGCUUUAGAUAAUUUAGUGGAGUCCCUCAAACAGUUACGGAUUUUAAUUAAUAAUUAUUAUUGUGCCUUAUAUGAUUGUCAAAUGAUUAAAGAAAAAAUUGAUUAUUAUCUGCAUGUUUUAUGUCAGCCAUUUUCUGCUAUUUCUUCUGAUACUCCUAUUGGACUUUCUUUAAAUGCAGAUGUCUUCAGUAUAAAAGGAAACAAUCUUCAGUCAUCCAUAUAUGAUCUCAAAUCUUCCAUUUCUAUAUUAUUUUUAUAUCAAAGAAAAACAAUUAGUGACAAAGUUUUUAUUAGCGAAACUAGAAAAUUAUUGGUUAAAACAAUUGGUGUUUUACUUAGAGUUGCUACCUGGAAAGAUCAUUUUUUCGUUUUAAAUCACAUUUUAAGAUGCCCUACAGGUGUUGGAAAAUGGGCUAGCUCUUUUAUCCAAAUACCAUUAAUUGAUUUUAACUAUCAAGAAAAUAAUUUCCAUUUAGAUUUUAUAAUCACAACAUUGGCUAUUAUUUUAACACCAGUUUAUGCUCGUGAAAAAUUUUUAGAACAAAUCUGUAAAAAUGAUAGUGAUACUAAUGAAUCUAUUUGGGUAGUAGUAGACAGUGAAGGUGAAGAAGAAAGUUCGGGAACCUAUCAACAAACACUUCGUGAAAGUGAUAUUAUAGCUUUACUAAAUCAAAUACCAUUUUCAACUCUUUUUAAAAAAAUCAUAUUUUCUGAAAAAAAAGAGUCUUUAUGUGUUAAUUUAUGGAAUGAACAAAAUUUAUUAAGACUGAUUGCUAUUGGGACUAUUUUAGUAAAAUUAUUCAAAUUAGGACUACAAACAUACUGUUCUAAAAGUACUGAAUAUAAACAAUUUUCAAAAAGACUAGGGCAUCUUCUUCAGGAUACUGCAAACUAUGUUACUGAUGUGUUGGAUGAAUUUAAAAUUCAUAAGUUUGUGUCAGCCAGAAUUCAAACAGAAUAUGAUUCAUUCUUAAAACGUAUUGUUAGUUGUUUGUAUGAUAAUGAUGAUAGAACAACUUGGCAAUAUUUGGUAAUGUUGCCUUUUAGUCAAGUUUCUUCUCCGAUGGUAUUACAUCUCUUCCAACAUAUGCUUCAUAUUAAAUCAGUUUCCAAUGAAUAUUCAUUAAAAGAACUAUCAGAAUGCGUUAUAAAUACUUCUGAUGACGAAUGUUACUAUUUAUUAACAGCUAUUUGUAAUAUGGCUUUAAGUAGAUACAUUAAUGAUAUAGAUUUUAUAAAAACAGUGACCAUUUGCUUAUUCAAAAUAGGGUUUGUGAGUGAAACUACUAAAGAACAAUGUCAAAAAACUUGUCGAACAUUGUUAUCUAAUUUAUCUGAUAAACAUCCUUUCCUCAUUUCUGAAAUUUUGAGUAUUCUGAAAUAUAAUUUUGACGAUGUUGGCUCGAGUGCUAUAUAUCUUUUCAAAACCCUACCAUUACCAAAUUGGAAAAUUACUAUGGAUGAUUUGUCUUACUUAGAACAUUUGUUAUUGAAUCAUUCUAUUACAUCAACCGAAAAUUCUUUAAGCCGCUAUAUACUCUCUAAGUUAUUUUCGGGGUGUAAUGAAAAUGACAUUAAUGAUUUUAUGUUGACUAAGGAAAUGCACGGUUAUAUAGCAAUCAUUAUUGUGAAAGCUGUUAUACAGCAUGCUCCUAUCACAGUAGAUGAAACAUCAGCUCAAUAUUUAGUUCAUAGUAUAAAACAAUUGGUGCAAAUUAAGUCAAAUGAACAAGCUUUUAGAGUGUGGUCAUGGAAAGUUUUAUAUUCUCUAAAACUUCAUUUAAUGGACCUACCUGACAUCAUUGUACGUGGAUCAUUACAAGACUUGAAUCAUUACUUACAUUCAGUAAUUAGUAUUGAUACUAAUAAUAUUGACAUUAAAUGUUUACAUCACAAUGACCCUAUAGCUUUAUAUACUGCUAUUCACGUAACAACUGUAGGUCAUUGUGUUCCAGUUAUAUUGAACAAAGGGUUGGACUAUUGUUAUAGACUAGUACAGUAUAGACACUAUACAGCAACUAUUGCAUGUUUAAAUGUGAUAGUUCCAUUUUUUUUUGAAAAUUCUGAUUGUUUACUGGAAUCAAAAAAGUUUAUUAAUAUUGUGGCUGGCAUUAUGGCAGACAAUCGAAAUAAUACUACUAAACGAGCCAUGAGUUUAUUGACUAUUCAAGGGCCUUCUGAAAUCAUAUUGCAGUUUACCAAUAUGAUUCAAUAUCAAAUAUCCAACUAUGUACGAUAUGGAAUAACCAGUCCUCAUUUAGUGAUGGAUCUAUGGACUAAAGCUGUAUGUGCUGUAUGGAGAGAAGAGGAGUCAGAGUGUUUCGUUUAUGUAUUGAAUACGGUUUUCAAAAAUGUUUUUCGAUCUGAAUUAUUACAGUGGGCUCGAGAAUUGUUAAUUAGUUUAAUUACUCAAUUUAGUGAUGUCAAAGAAAACAUUACUGCUAUUGGGUCAAUUUUUAAUUUUAUGUUUCAAAGUCCUGAAAAACGACCACUCUUAUUACCAAAAUAUCCUAUGAUAUUAUAUCAUUGUCCGUAUUAUGCUCUAUUGGCAUUAGAAGCUGAAGAAUGGUGUAUUCAAGGCAGGAAUAAUAUUUGGAAAAAUUUACUGAUAAAAUUACAUUUACAACAAGGAAAGGCAAAUGUGGAUGAUGCACUUAAGAGAGUAUGUUCCGAGUUAAAAUUACCUUAUUUUACAUCCGGGCAUUUAGCAAUAUACCGGUGGAUGCAAUAUGGAUUGGAAAUAUCGCCUGGUCAUCCAAUGACUCCAUUAUAUUGGCAAAAUUUUUUUAGAUUAUACUUACAACGAGUUCCAGGAACUCAACAACUUGGCUGUGUUGGUCGUAAAUUUUUCGAAGGUCUUGUUAAUUCAUCGUAUUUAAACAAAAUUAAUAAUAAGCUAAAAGAAUGUAUAGAUUUUCAUCGCACAAAACUUCAAACUGAACCAAAUUCUGAAAUAGAUUUGCGAUUAGGAAGAUUUUAUGAAGCCUGUACUCUGUGGUUAACAGAUGUUCGACUUCUUGAAUCAACUUUGUUUAUUCCAUCAUUGGAUUCAAUGUAUGAACCAACUGACUUAACUCAUAUUAUUAAUGGUUCCCAUGAAUGGUUAUCAGAUAUAAUUAAUCAUAAGUUGAUAGAAGAAAAUAAAUUUGAAUGUAUACAAAACUGGUGUGAUUUAUUUGGUAAACAUGUACACAACAGUGGUAAUAUUAACAGAAAACCUUUAGAAAAGGAUCCUACUUCUAGAAUCGUUAACAGACUUAAGUCUUACGAUGAUCCUUUACAAAGUCCUGAUUUUGUAUUACGGCUGUCAGAUAUACAGUUAGUAACUGCUGAUAUUUUGUAUCAUCAAAAUCAUUUAUUAAAUAUUGUAGAGUUAAAUAUUAAACAAAUUGUGGAAUUCAUUAAUCAAGUGUACAGAAUGCAAACAGUUUGUCAUGAGAAUUUAGACAGCCGGUAUAUUGAUGGUGUAAAAAUGAUUUAUGUUCAAAUAAAUUCAACUACACGAGUUCAAGCAGUUUGUGAUUAUAAAACAAAAAAAGGCAAUGCAAACAGUAUUAAUUGCGCUGGUGCUGCGGAAAUAACUUUCCAAAUUCAUGAAUCUAAAUUAAAUACGGAUGUAGUAGAAUUAAAUUCUAACAACAGAUCAGAAUUAGACACAUUAAUCAAUGAAAUUUUAGAAAAGCCUUUGCCAAGCUCUUUAACAUCAGCAUGUACUACUUUGAAUCUUAUUAUUCAAUUAAUAUUAAAAGAACUCAAUGAAUUGAAUAAAAUUGGAGAUAUUGCAUUAGUUACUGAUAUUCGUUCAUCAGGUGUUCGAUUGUUCUAUGCCCUUAUGUCUGAAUAUGUUGUAUUCAAGACAUGUCCACCAAUUGAUAAAUUUGUAUUAGCUAUCUUACAGACUAUUGGAAAUGUUUUCAUUAUGAACAACGAAAAAGAAUGCUUACAUAUUGAAAAUACAGCAUUGAACCAUCCAGAACUAGCGGAUGUACUUAUUCCCUUAUUUUCGCCCUCCACUGCAUCCAUACAUACUUUUAUACAAUCCUAUAAAAAUAUCAUAAACAAUUGUAAUGCAAUACAUGAACCUAUUGCAUUAAAAUUACUAUCUAAAUUUGAUAUAUCUGUUUACCUUUCAACAAAACAACCUCUACUUCAUGACAGGUCAAUACUUAUAGAUUACUGUAUAGAAGCAUUGAUAUUAGUAAAACAACAAACGCGAUCAGAUUACACAUGGUCCUUACACGAACUUUUUAGUCAACAUUUAUGCAAAAUAAUGGAACAUGAUUUCCCUGAACAUUAUGGUGAAAUAUUACUAAAACUUCUAGAUCAUUCUAAAGAAGGUCGCAUUUAUUGUCAAGUAUGGUUUAAUAUUCUCAAUACUAUCUUGGCUCAAGCAGUGCCCACCACUCAAACAAAUACUGCGAGAACAAUUUUAUUGCCAGAAUUAUCAUCAGAUCAACUACGGGAUGUAGUUAGACGUUAUGCAACGGAUCAAAGAUCUCUUAGUUCACAACAACUUCAAGAAACUUUACAUCUUUUGACCACCCAUUUUGCCAAUGAAAGACUUAAGUCUGCGACUGGAGAGUUGUAUUCAAAAUAUAAUGUAUACAUUGGACCAUUAGUUGGAUUGUAUGGUAUGGUUAGCCAUGCAUUAGUUGUAGGGACAUUACAAUCUUACCGAGGAAUGUUAGCUAAUAAAAUAUGCGAGUUUUUAUGUCCAACUUUAAUUAGUAUGUUUGGUCCAUGGUUGGAACCUUGGUAUGAAGGAUGGAACACUGAUCAUAGGUCAUUGAAACUACCAUGGUUAGCUACUGAUUCAUCAAUAUCAGCUUUAAUGGUCAAUGCAUUUGUAGAGUGUAUUACAUUUGUUCUGGACACUAUGCCAGCGUGUGAUAACGUUUUAAGUUAUGUAUGUCAAUGGUACAUAAAAAUGUUUGCUCAUAUUCAGACAAAUGAUUAUAUUUUUGAGACGAUUCAUUCAAAUCUUGAAAAGUUACCUUGGCAGAGAUUUAUACCCACACCUGUAGAUUUAGAUUUGAUUAUGAAGGUUAUGGAUCAAUUUUUACCACAAUCACAAUUUUUUUUGGCAAAUAUUGUUUUGGAAGUACCUUGGCCAUAUGUGCCUAAUCUUGAUUCACGUAUUCUGUUAUCAUUGUUCAUAAAACUAUCCAAUCAGCCUAACAUGAGAAAAGGUGGAAAAAUCAGGCCACUUUUGUUAGAGGCCCAAAAAUUUGCUUGGCAUCAAAUUGAUGGUGAAACAUAUGAAAAUAUUUUGAGUUGGUUUGUUUCGAAAUACGAUCCAAUGACGGUUCUUCAGCUCAGUAAUGAAGAUUGGUGUGGCACAGAUUCUGCUGUGCUUGAUCUCUUGAAAACUGCUGCUGGUUACAACAAUGUUGAACACAGUAUGCCAUAUGCUGAACUAAGUUUAUACAAAAGACGAAUAUUCAUUCGAGCAAUGGUUAGGAUGUUUAUAUCUUUAGCAUCUCGAUAUAGGUCAGUAUUGGGUGGUCAUUACAAACAUCUUAAAUGUGCUUUCCACCGGCUAUUAGAUGAUACAGAAAUGGUUACAAAACACGGCGAAGAGGCUAAAUUAUUAGUCUUAGAGCUAUUGGUAUUAGUCAAUCAACCUCCAGGUUCUAUACUUUCUUCCUUAAUGUUGCAAACUAUUCAAGAGUGGAUAUCACAUAGAAAAGCUGACUGCACUGUGUUACAAGGGUUUUUGAUGGUGACAUGGGCGCAUGUUACUGAUCAGCAACACAAAAGUGAUAUAUUUGAAGUUUGUUUGACAUCAUGGUUCAAAAAUGUCGGAAAUGAAGACGAUUUUAAGUGGGAAAGAGUAUUGGCUUUGGUGCAACCUGUACGUCUUCAUUACCAAGGUUUAGGUGAAGUUUUAAUGUCAUCCAGCCAUUUACUCACAUUAUACACUUUGGCUUUAAAAGAAUCGCAAAAUCGAUCAGCCUAUCCUGACGUCUUGCAUACUUUAGUACAAUGCUUAGAAGCUGUAAAACCUAGCAAUAUUGCUGAAAACAAGUUGCCCCUAUUGUGGUCCUUAGUUUUACGAUUAAGCACUGUUGAAGAUGAUCAAACAGCUGAAUACUUAUUUAGAGUUGCUAGUACAGCAACACUAUUAGCUCAACAUAAACAGAGUUGGAGUUUAUUUGAUGCUAUAAGGUUACAGAAACAGACCAAUAUUACACCAAAAUGUCGUGUGAUGUGCCGUGCUCUAGUAGCUUUUAUAUACUCACAGUUACCUGAGAACAAAUCUAGUCGUAAACAGUAUAUAAGACAAGAGAACAACUCACCUGGUGGUUUUACAUCUAAUAACAAUGAUUUUACUAUAUCUGUAGAUUGUUUAAAAGCAAUUAACAGUCUGGAAUCUUUAAAACAAGACCGACAGUUUUCUGAUUGUGUUGUAGCUAUUGAUGUAGCACUAAAGAUGAUUAAAGGACCACAGAGUUGUAUGAAAACCGGUGAACAGUUCAUAAUAAAGCUAGCCAAAUGCUUGUAUACAGAUAAUUUUAUAUACCGUAUGGAUACUUAAUGAUAACAGCAAUUAUUGUGCUCGCCAACAAUAUUUUUAUACAUAAUGUCUGUGAUAUAUUUGUUGUUGUAGUCUUUUUGUUUUCAAAUUUAUUGACUACC